AGGUGACCUCAAUUCCGAACCCACAAACCUGGAAUCCUUUGGAAUUGACUAAUUCAGACCUCCGCUCCGCGGCGCCGCUCCUCCUCGUCUCGUCUCCCCCGCUAGCGGCCUGUGGGCUGCGGCCACAGGAUGCUGUCCUGAACUCCUGGUAGCGCAGCGCCUCGCAGCGAGGCCAGAUAAAAGGUCAGAGGUGUAAGACCAUAAGCACUACAGAUCUGGUAUCAUGAGUGCAAGUAAUGGGAAGAAGAAGUAUAGGGGCUAUCUUACUUGGACGGAUGAUAUGGAUCAGGUGCUCCUGGAUGUUCUUGUUGAGCAUCACAACAAUGGGGAUCACACGGCAACUGGGUGGAAGCCACAUGUUUACACUGCAGCGGUGAGGAAUGUGCGGGAGAAGUGCAAUGUGGACAUCACAAAGGACCAUGUGAUGUCAAGAUGCAAGACGUUCGACAAGCACUGCAAUGUACUCGGCAGAAUACUCGCUCAUGAUGGGUUUGAGUGGGAUCAGGAUAGGAACAAGCUUGUGAUUCACAAUGAGGAUGCUUGGACCAGAUACAUAGAGAAAAACAAAGCUGCUGCUUGCUAUCAGCAUAAAGUUAUCAAAAACUGGGGCGCAAUAAGCCUCAUAUUCUCUAGAGAUCCUUCUGCCACAAGUGAAGAUGUCAGCGCAGGUGCUGAGAAUGGUCAAGAGAUGGCAAUGAAGGGUGCUGAAGAUGUCCGUGACCAUACUCCAAGUUCACCUUCAACAUCUGCACCUAGCAGUCAAUACCGUCCUGGACCACCCUUAAUGACCCAAUCAAACAAACAAGGCAGGAGGAAGAGGUUCAGAACAAAUGAUGCUCUCUUUUGCAUGUCUGGUGACAUCAAAAAUUCAUUCCAAAUAUCUAUGAAGUCAAAUGAGACUUUAGAUGAACCAAACAGUGCAUCCCCUAAGGAAAUCUUUGCAGCACUUCAAGCAAUGCCCAACCUAGCACGUGAUGACUUGCUAAGGGGCUAUCGUAUCCUCACAAGCAGUGAUCGUAAGUUUGAAUGUCUUAUGGCACUUCCAAUGGAAAUGAGGAAGGAUUGGUUAUUGAUGGAGAUUGGGAAGAAGUGAAUCUUAGACAAUUUCUAUCCUUAUGUCAGAACUAUUCUUAGGAUUGCUAGCAUUGUUUAAACUUGGAAGUUUGUUCUGUAACUUCCAACUCUUCAUUGCAAUGUAGUAGCUAUGUAUGUGUUUGCUCAAGAUAUGUGCCACUGUUUAAUGUUUAUUUGUCAUGUCCAGUGCCCUAAGUAAGUUUGCUUGCUGUUUUUGUCUAA